GCCCCUGGUAACUAUCAUUGAGCAGCUUCAAUUCUUCCUCACAGUGGUGCUGAAAAACAGCUUGAUAAAUUUCUUUUCUCAAAAAUCUACCAUCCAAUCCGGAAAAAAAUAAUGGAUAUUGUAACUGACAGCCGCAAAUCGGUGCUGAUCACGGGAUGUUCUCCUGGUGGUAUAGGAAACUCUCUUGCGCGGGAGUUUCACAGACACGGCUUGCGUGUCUUUGCCACAGCACGCGAUGCAAAAGCACUCGAUGACCUUGCAGAGCUCGGGAUAGAGACAUUGGAUCUUGUCGUCGAUGACGAAGGAAGUGUCAAAGCAUGCUUUCUUGAGGUGGAAAAGAGGCUUGGGACGAGGGGACUAGACUAUUUAUACAACAAUGCAGGCAGAAACUGCACGGUGCCUGCUACGGAGGUACAGCUCUCCGAGGCUCGACAAACCUUCGAGACAAACUUCUUUGCCGUGAUCAAUAUCUGCCAGACAUUCCUGCCACUUCUUAUUAAGGCAAAGGGUACUAUUGUGCAAACUGGCUCUGUUGCUGGGAUUGUUCCAUAUGUUUUUGGGUCUGUCUACAACGCUUCCAAGGCAGCCCUUCACUCAUUCAGCGACACCCUCCGCGUCGAGUUGGCUCCAUUUGGCGUCAAUGUUACGACCGUGGUUACUGGCGGUGUGCAGUCUCGCAUUGCGCGGACAAAACGGACUCUGGCGCCAAACUCCCUCUAUGAGCCCAUCAAGGAUUUCUACGCUCGGCGCGUGGUCCACAGCCAGGAAAAUGCUAUGCCGCAUGCCACUUACGCACGCAGCGUCGUUAACCAGGUGCUUUACGGAUCUGCUCCUUGGCGUUGGCUUUGGCCAUGGGCUGUUGGCCGUAAACACUGGAUCUGGGAGGGCAAUCGGAGCUGGCAAAUUUGGCUCGUGAGUGGCGGUUGGGCCUGGUGUGACGUUUUUGGUCGAGUCCUCACUCGGAUGUUCGGUUUGUACAAACUGAAGCGUGUUGGUUCUAGGUAAAGGGGUUUGGUUAGAUAUCCAGCGGGGAAUCUUCUUUAUUUCCUGUUUCUGAUCUUGAUACGUUUCCUGUCGCGUUUGAGGUACUUGCUUCGCCCACGAAAGCCAAGUGGUUUGUAACGUAGCUUGUUCAUGCUAGUUGGUAGUGAGAAACGUCCUUGCGUACUAUCUUGACCCG